AUGCAGGCCCUGUCCAGCAUUCGCUGCUUGAAUAGGCCUCAGGGAGAAGUGAAGAUUGAUGAGAUUCGGGGAAUGCUCUUUAAUGCCUCUGGCAGGGGCGCGUUGACCGUCGAAAGAUAUAAAGUGGCGGUCAAAAUGAAAUACACCCAGGUCAAGGACAUCUCGAUCCUGAUGAGAUAUAAGCAAAGGGACCAAGCCGGAAUACGUUUGGCAGCACAGAUUGAGAACCAGAAUGAAGAAAUCAACCGAGGUUGUCAAAUGGCUUCUGGUGGGGAUAUUAGGAGGGCCGCUCUUCCCAGGGUCAGCCCCGCCCUGAAGGCGGGGCUGAAGCUGACCGACGACAAGAUGCAAGGGAGCAGGGACAUAACGUCCGAGUUUGGCAACAUGUCUAGCGCCUCUGUGUUGGUUGUGUUGGAUCAGAUUCGCACAGGUCUGUGA